AUACAACCUUCCCCUCUGUGGCAGCAAUAUUCCCCUCGAUAAAAUUGAUUUUUCAAGCACACACGCGCUAUCUUUUUUCCUUUCGUAUCCACACUUUGUCGAAAGCAUCUACCAUUGUCAUGCGCAAUUUUUUACCAUCACGCAAUCGACAAAGUACACCUUUGUCCUUGCACCCUCGAGACGGUAGUAAGGCCAAACUUAAUAUCUGGUCGAAUAUGAACUGUGAGAGGAAUAUAAUCAAUGCGUUAGUGUGGACAGCCGGUGGACACUACGAACGCUUGAAAUUUGAACGUUAGUGUAUUUAGAUACUAAUCGAUCGAGAAGAGUCUGGCGAUGAUAUCGUUCGUAAUCAGUCUUUAUUUUGUAUUUCAUUUUAAUCUCGCAUUUUCAGUAUUCAAAAAAACUGCGACAGAGGGAAGUUCACCAUGAAAUCGCUUUUCCGCAAGAAGUAAUGUGUUUUUGCGCCGAUGCUAGAGCUCCUAACAAAAACGCUUCGUACAAUGUUAAUCACGCACGAGCGGACUGUGCGCAGACAGAAGCAUGUCUGCAAUUUGAGCGCAAGCGCAUGUACAACAACCUUGCAAUCAAUGUCGCGCUCGUGUAGUCUUUAACGGUCGCUGUAAUCGUCAACAUGCCAAGUGCACGCGAGAAGCAGGAUCUCAGUUAUCAGCAAGACAUUCGAUAUGUCUUUAAGCUGAACAGCUGGAUUCUGGGUUCGAUCGGCAUCUGGCCAAUCUCGAUUCGGGGUAUCGGACGGCACGUGUCCAAAAUCGCGAUCGCGCUCACUAAUCUCGCGUUAAGUUUCGCGAUGGUGCCUUGCGCCCUGCACAUCAUUUACGACGAGAAGGACCUCAUCAUGAGACUGAAGCUGUGCGGCCUGCUGGCCUUCUGUAUCACGGCAACGAUCAAGUAUUGCAUCCUCGUGAUACGUCGCCCUAAGAUUCUGCGCUGUAUCGAAUACGUAAAGCAUGAUUGGUGGCAGGUGACGUUCAGAUCAGAUCGGGAAGAAAUGCUAAAGUACGCUACCAUCGGGCGCAAUCUAACGAUAAUUUGCGCAUCUUUUAUGUACACCGGCGGCAUCAUUUAUUAUGGGAUACUAAUCCCGUUUUUCUCCGAGACCAAUAUCAACAAUCACACCGUCAGACCGCUCGUAUAUCCGACUUACAGUGAAUUCCGCCAAUCUCAGAUUAGCCCGAUAUACGAAAUCGUAUAUGUGGCUCAUUGCAUGUGCGGUUACACCAUAUACUCGAUAACAGCCGGUGCGUGCGGAUUGGCCGCUCUGUUUGCCACUCAUGCGUGCGGCCAGAUUCAAGUGAUUGUAUCGCGAUUGGAAGAUCUCUUAAAUGGCGAAAGCUCCAACGUUCAUCAACGAAUCGCUAUCAUUGUGAAGGAUCACGUCCGCGUAGUAAGGUUUUCAGCCGUGGUGGAGGAAAUUUUACAAGAAGUAUGUUUAGUGGAGUUCACUAGUUCUGUAUGCACGAUAUGUCUACUCGAAUACUACUGUAUAGUGGAUUGGCAAGACGACAAUAAGCUUAGCUUAGCAACUUACUUUUUACUCUUCAUUUCGUUCUGUUUCAAUAUAUACAUAUUAUGCUACAUUGGCGAGCUUCUCAUGGAAAAGAGCAGUGAAAUUGGAUCGAUGUGUUAUAUGAUCAAUUGGUAUCAAUUAUCACCGAGAUCAGUGCGCAGUCUUAUCCUGAUAAUCGCUAUGUCAAGCCAUCCCAUAAAACUUAGUGCCGGUAGAAUGGCAGACUUAUCGUUAACGACUUUUGGAAAUGUAUUGAAAACUAGCGUGGCAUAUCUGAGCUUCCUACGGACAGUUAUACUAUCAUUGACCAUCGGCUGGCAUUGCAAAAAAACCCCUGCAAUGCCAGCGCAAGCGCAUGUCUCGCGACCUUGUAAUCAAUGCCGCGCAUCCACCUCUUCGCUCUUCUUGCAGUCUUCGACGCAAUCUGUCACCGCGAACAUGUCCAAUGUACACGAUAAGUCCGCGACGUCGCAGAACUCCAGUUAUCAGCAGGACAUUCAAUAUGUCUUUAAAUUAAACAACUGGAUUCUGGGCUCGCUCGGUAUUUGGCCAGUUGCGAUACGAGGCAUUGGACGGCACGUGUCUAAGAUCGCGAUCGCGAUUUGUAAUCUCGCGUUGAGCUUCGCGAUAGUGCCCUGCGCUCUGCAUAUCGUCUAUGAUGAAAAGGAUCUCAUUUUAAGGCUGAAGCUAAGCGGUCUGAUGGCUUUCUGCCUCACCGCCAUGACAAAGUACUGCAUCUUCGUGAUACGUCGACCUAAGAUACAACGUUGCAUCGAAUAUGUGAAGACUGAUUGGUGGCAGGUUACAUUCAGGUCCGAUCGCGAAUUAAUGCUGAAAUACGCCGCCACCGGUCGUAAUCUGACGAUAAUCGGCGCAUCCUUCAUGUACACUGCUGGCAUCAUCUAUCACUUAAUUCUACCCUUCUUUUCCGAGCACAAAGUCAACAAUCAAACCAUCAGACCGCUUGUAUAUCCGACCUAUAGUAAAUUUAGUCAAUCACAAAUUAGCCCAAUAUAUGAAAUCGUAUAUGUGGCUCAUUGCAUGUGUGGAUACACCAUAUAUUCGGUGACAGCCGGUGCUUGCGGAUUGGCCGCCUUGUUCGUCACGCAUGCAUGCGGCCAAAUCCAAAUACUUUUAUCACGACUAGAAGAUCUAUUGGCUGGUGGAAAAUUUGAACCAAGUCCGAAUGUUAAUCAUCGAAUCGCUACCAUCGUGAGAAAUCACGUACGAGUUAUAAGGUUCGCGGCCGUGAUGGAGGAAGUUUUGCAGGAAGUGUGUUUAGUAGAGUUUACUAGUUCUGUAUGCACGAUAUGUCUGCUCGAGUACUACUGUAUAGUGGAUUGGCAAGCGGACGACAGAAUUGGUCUAACGACUUACUUUCUGCUCUUUGUGUCAUUCUGCUUUAACGUUUACAUAUUAUGCUAUAUCGGCGAGGCUCUCAUGGAAAAGAGUAGUCAGAUUGGAUCAAUAUGCUACAUGAUUAAUUGGCACCAACUAUCGCCAAAAUCAGCUCGCAGUCUUAUAUUGAUAAUCGUGAUGUCCAGCCAUCCUAUAAAAAUCACUGCUGGUAGAAUGGUAGAUUUGUCAUUGACGACUUUUGGAAAUGUAUUGAAAACUAGCGUAGCGUAUUUGAGCUUCCUAAGGACGUUAGUCAUAUAAUGAGAGAGAACAGCGUAUCUUUUCUACACACCUUAGUAAUAUAAAUUACAUGAAAUUAUAUGACAGAGAAGAAAAUCAUUAUUUUGAUCUAAUUAUUUAAUCUAAUUUAUCAGUUCAAUAUAUCUUUGUGUAUAUGUAUAAAUAAUCUAUCUACAUAAUGAGAUUAUUUAUCGAA